UUACCAAAAAACAAUAUAGUGGGUGACCGAGAGAAAAUAAGAAAAAUGGGCGAGGGAAAUCACCACCCAUAUAAACACCUCCUUAAAAAGGUUAUGGGUCGUAUGAUCUUCAAGUAGUAACUGUUGCAAAGCUUUCAGUUGUAUUAGAUGUAUUUUGGACUCGGGAAGCUUCUGGGAUCAAACACCCGUCUGAGUUUAUAGAGUAACCAGAAAAUGGCGACUGAUUCCGACGCUCGGACUGUAUCUAUCUCUGACAUUCUGGACCAUGGGUCGAUAUCUUUUGGGAGAUUUGCUGUGGAGUCACUUGCAUGGGAAAAGAGGUCGGUUUUCUCCCACAACAGAUGUCAGGAGGAGCUCGAGAAGUUCAAGGCCCCUGGAUUUGUUGCUCAAAAGAAGGCAUACUUUGAGGAAUAUUACAGAAGAGUUAGAGCUAUGACGGCAUUACAGGUGAAACAGCAACAGACCACCCAUCCCGACUCAACGAGCAGCACGACACAAGAGGAAAAUGCUGUUGAUGCUGACUUGAUGAAAGGGGAAAAGAUGCCCACCAAUGCAAGUAAAAUGCAGAAAUUAAGGAACGAAGCCGCUGCUAACCUUAACUCAUCAGAGGGAGGCAUUUCGGAGGGAUCGAAACAAAUUACCCAAGAAGAAUUAAGUUGCCAUGUUGAAGACAAAGCUAGCAUGACAGGUGGAACUCGUAAAUCCUUAUCCACCAUUGAACCCGAAGAUUCUGUAAAUGAGGCUUACUCUUCAUCAGUCAAUAAGAGCUCUGGAACUGCCAAGCAUGACUAUCCUGUUCACGACACAGCCAAGCAUGAUGCCAACAAGCAAAAUAAACAAGCACCCAUUCAAAAGGCUAUGGCAACAGAUUCUUCUAGAGAAAAUGAAAUGCAUUUGGACUGCAAAAUUACGAAAGGAGCUGUUAAGCCAUCUCUUCAUCACGAUAUUACCAGCAAGAGAGAUGAUGGUCUUGUUUCAAUAAAGGGUACACCUCAGCCUGCAAAAGUCAACAACUAUGUUUCUUCCCAUAAGCAAAGGGCUGAAGUAAGCUCCAUUGCCACUGCUCUGCACAAUUCAUUAGCAAGGAAGAUGUCAGUGAAAUCUUCUGUUUGUAAUGCUGGUCAGGUGGAGGCAAAUUCAACUUCCAAGAUGCUGUUGGAGAAGUUACCAACAAAGUUGCCACUGCACGCACGAUCCACUAAGGGCAUUACAAAGGAGAGAGCUAUUGCUGACCACUUGAGAAAGCCGGCUCUAGACAGCAGGAGGAGAUGUGAUGGAGAAGGUAGAAAGACUUUAGAGCCUAGUGUCAGCCAAAUGAGACCCAAGCGUGGAGCAUCUAAGAACCAGAGAUCAAACGUCAUGUUUACAAACCAUCCCAUUCAGAGCAACUUGAAUCAAGAUUAUAGAGUUGAAUUUAGGCACAAGAAUUAUGUCCAAGGACUGCAGAAAAAGGGAGAAGACAAAAGGAAUGCUGGGCUUGGAAAAGUAUUCAAAUCUGCCUCAACUAAUUUGUCCAGUACCUAAAAAUGCUGGUUCCUAAGGUCAUAUAUCUCUUCCAAUUUCUAUUUUGUCUGCUUAGCCUAUGGAAAUUACUGCAAACUAUUAAGACCACGAUUUUAUUUCUCAAUGAGCAUGAUUAAAUGCUGAUUUGAAUCGUCACUAGUCCAGGUUGUGUCAAAAUUUUGCAAUUUUUUGCCUUUCUCCUCAUGAAUAAAUCCAGCAUCACAAAAACAAUGUGAUCAAUAAUUUCAGGUAGCAUUAUUGUGGCUUGUAGAGCUGAGACAUACACAGAGAACCAAGAUAUAUUGUUCCAUUUCCAAAUACAAUUCCUCUUCUAAUUUCUUAACUGGAACUAUAUACCGUUUAAGACUUAUGAGUAUUUGGUGACUGAUAUUUACUCUGGAUAAACAUGCCCACGUGUGCACAAGAUUUUAUGGUAUGUCAUGUUCUGGUUAUUGUCGGCACAGAUGAGUGCAUGCACUGUGAUUCUGAGUCCUGACUUCUGAAUGUUUGUAAUGCAGACCCAAGAUGCCAAGUUGGCGAUGAAAGUGAAACUUAAAAGGGCAAUCUGUGAUGCGACUAUGCAAUCGAAUGUAUUUGCAUGGAACUUAGGAAUUCAUGGAAAAGGUUGC